UUUAACACUUCUGCAGAGGAGACCUCUACCUUCUUCCUGACUGGAAUCCCAGGGACAGAGCAUGCUCAAAGUUGGGUCUCCAUCCCCAUCAGCCUCAUGUACCUUGUUGCCAUCCUGGGAAACUGCACCAUCCUCUUUUUCAUAAAAACAGAGACCUCUCUGCAUGAGCCUGUGUAUUACUUCCUCUCCAUGCUGGCAUUUUCUGACUUGGGAUUAUCCUUCUCCUCCCUUCCAACCAUGCUGAGCAUCUUCUCGUUCAAUGCCACAGGAAUAUCUUCAGAUGCCUGCUUUGCCCAAGAGUUUUUCAUUCAUAUAUUCACAGCUAUGGAAUCAUCAGUACUUUUCAUCAUGUCUGUUGAUCGCUUUAUGGCCAUCUACAACCCUUUGAGAUACACUUCUGUCUUCACUACUGACAGAGUCUUUAAAAUCGGCCUUGCUUUUGCUCUACUGUGUAUUUUGUUUGUCCUUCCUUUCCCCUUUAUUCUAAAAAGGCUGAAAUUCUGUAACAAAAGGCUUUUGUCUCGCUCUUAUUGCCUCCACCAGGAUGUCAUGAAACUGGCCUGUUCCGACAACAGGAUUAAUGUCAUCUACAGAUUUUUUGUGGCUCUUUUAUCUAUAUUAUUCUUGUUGUGCAUUUCUGUGUCUUACAUGUUCAUCCUGAAAGUUGUUCUGGGCAUCGCCUCACACAAGGGUCGCCUCAAGGUCCUCAACCCUUGCAUCUCCCACCUCUGUGCUGUGCUCAUCUUCUAUGUGCCCAUCAUCACCUUGGCUGCCCUUCACCGCUUUGCCAAAAAUGUUUCUCCAAUUAUUAGGGUCAUAAUAGCUGAUAUCUUCCUUCUAGUUCCCCCUCUAAUGAAUCCCAUUGUGUACUCUGUAAAGAGUCAGCAGAUUAGAAAUCUGAUCCUGGAGAAAUUAUGUCAGAAACAGCAUUAA